AUGUCAAAAUUUUCACUACACGGCCGGACUGCCUUAGUGACGGGUGGUGCUAGGGGCUGCGGGCUUGCUUUCGCGCGUGGUCUGGCAGAAGCAGGGGCAAAUGUAGCGAUCUUUGACGUUGUAGAUCCAGAACCUGCAUUCCAUGCUAUUGAAAAAGAUUAUGGCGUCCGAACCGCUUAUUACAAAACCGAUGUUUCUUUACAGGAGUCCCUUGAAGCCGGAUUCACGCAGUUCCAGAAGGAUUUCGAUAAUGCCCUUGAUAUCUGUGUUCCAUGUGCUGGAAUCAAUCGCCACCUUCCGUUCCUUGAUUUUACAUACAAGGACCACCAUGACCUGGUAUCCAUCAACGUUCUCGGGCUAUACUUUACCGCGCAGCUUGCUGCAAAGCAAAUGAUCUCCAAUGGAACAAAGCAUGGUAGUAUUGUGUUGGUGGCGAGCAUGGCUAGCCACAUCGCCGUGCGCAGCCAGCUCUGUAGCGCGUACUGCGGUACCAAGGGAGCCGUCCGAUCAAUGUGCCCCGCCAUCGCAAAGGAGCUGGCAGAAUACGGCAUUCGAGUCAAUUCUAUUUCGCCUGGGUAUGUGCGAACCGAGAUGACUGCGGCUUUCCCCCAUCUUAUCCAAAGUUGGGAGUCAGAUGCAAUGAACGGUCGUAUCGCGGAGCCGGAGGAUAUAAUGGGGGCAUGUGUAUUCCUCGCCAGCGACGCCAGUGCAUAUAUGACGGGGCAGGAUAUCAUUGUGGAUGGGGGAGUUACCCGAUGCAUAAUUGAAAACAUGGCACCCGGUGCAGACAACGAAGGGUAUAGUUCCGGUGGCCCUGCCGACGCUUCAGCUACGGUCGUUGUGGUCGGUGCCGGUCCUUCUGGGCUAAUGCUUGCUUGCAAUCUCGUUCGAUUUGGCGUUGAUGUAGUUCUUCUCGACGACCGUCCCGACAAGACGUCCACUGGUAAAGCAGAUGGCAUGCAGCCGAAAACCAUCGAGACCUUCAAACAAAUGGGACUUGCAGAUACCCUGAUAAAACGUGCCGCUCGAGUAUAUGACAUCGCAUUCUGGCAAUCAAAGGCAGACGAGCCACUCCAACGAACAGGGCGCCAAACGCAUUACCCAGAACACCUUGUCGGGGCCUCUGAUCCUUAUAUCCUUCUUGCACACCAAGGCAUGAUAGAAGAGGUGUUGAUUGAUGACAUGGAGUCAAGAGGAGUCUUUGUUAAGCGAAACUGCAAGUUCGCUUCCUGCUCACGAGUGGCUGGUACCAACAAGUUGGAUAUUGCAUAUGAAGAUUUAUCAACCAACGACCUGAAAACUAUCAGAGCACAGUACCUUGUAGGAUGCGAUGGCGCAAGGUCGAAGGUGAGAACAUUUAUUCCGGAUGCUCAGUUGGAGGGAGAAAUUACCAAUGCUUCAUGGGGCGUGUUAGAUGGCGUCAUUGAUACCGACUUUCCGGAUCUUUGGAGUAAAGUUGCAGUGCGGUCACAUGUCGCUGGCUCUAUUCUUUGGAUUCCUCGGGAGCGAAAUAUGACCCGAUUGUAUGUCGAGUUGAGUGCAACUGACGGCGACCGGGUAGACCGAGCUAAGGCUACCCCGGAGUACGUUAUGCAGCGAGCAAGGGAGGCGAUGCACCCGUUUCGGCUAGAAUGGAAAACAAUCGAAUGGUUUGGGAAUUAUGUAGUUGGGCAGCGUGUGGCAAAGCAUUUCAUGGACUCGGAAGCACAAAUCUUCAUUGCCGGUGAUGCUGGACAUUGUCAUUCAGCCCUGGCAGCUCAAGGUGCCAACACAAGCAUGCACGAUAGCUUUAACCUUGCGUGGAAGCUUAAUCUUGUCAUUCGUGGACUUGCCAGGCCAUCGCUACUAUCCACAUACGAGGAAGAGCGACAGAAAAUUGCCUAUGACCUGAUUAAUUUCGACUCGGAACAUUGCAAAGCCUUUGCACAAGGUGAAGCUGCUCUUGCCAAAAAUUUUGAUGACAACAUUCGUUUUAUUUCUGGAGUAGGAGCAGAGUAUUCCCUAGGAAUGCUGAGCCGAGAAAAACGAGUCCAAUCGACUCGCCUCCAUCCUGGUGCUUUGCAGCUUCCAGCUAGAGUGACCCGAUAUAUCGAUGCCAACCCUGUGGACAUUCAACUCGAUAUUCCGAUGCUCGGGCAGUUUCGCGUUUACUUCUUUGUUCCGGAUCUUCGUAGAUCCUUGGAAUUUCUGACGACAAUCUGUGAAGGACUCGACCAUUCCACACCCCUAGGGAAAUUGUCAUCUCGAGCAAAUCAGUCAUAUGCAAAUAAACCCCGAGGAGCUGCUCCGGCAGAUGACUUUCUACAACAUCAGAGAUACCUCACUGCAUCCCAUGCUUUUACAUAUGCAGUCGUGACCCAGUCCUUUAAGUCUGAAUUCGAGAUAUCGGAUUUGCCUCAGAUAUUACAAGAUAGUCGGUGGAAUAUGUAUCUCGACGAUGUGGAUGCCCCUCGUUGUACUCAUAAAUGGUUUGGGACUAUAGAGAGAGGAGAAGCCGGAGUGGUCAUUGUGAGACCAGACGGAUAUGUUGGCGGCAUAGACAUCUGGGAGUUGACGGCAGGGAAUGACGCUGGAAAGUGGAUUGAAGACUAUUUUGCGUUUAUGAUAUAG